UCCUAAAUCCGUUGAUUCUGUCUCUGUAUUUGACCUACCUAUUGUUAAUGAGAAGUUGAAGCUCCAAUAAUCAUCUCCAUUUCCUGUUCCAUUCAAAUUCGUCAGGAGUUAAUUCACUUCUGCUGCAACUAAUCUGUCACCAUUGCUGCUAAUUGGUUCAAUACCAUAACAGUGGUAUCAGAGCAGCUACAAUCCGUCUGGGUUUGGCUGCUUGAUUAGAAAUCUUUCCUCCUAAUUUUUUCCUUCACUUCUGAUUCACCUUCUUCACUAUCCAUCUUCAUCUCUUUUCUGACCAACCAAAAUAUAUAUAUAUAUAUAUGGAGACCCUUGAAGAAAUCUCUAAAAUGCUGAAUUACUUCCUGGUGUAUGGCAGAUUGGAAAUCUUGCAAGGGCUACUUGAUGCAGGAUCUCAAGUUAAUUCUGCUCAUUCUAUGUGUUUGGCCCGUGAUCGAGAUGGCAGAAACCCUUUGCAUCUUGCUGCCAUGUAUGGAAGAGUGGCAGUCUUGCAGGUGCUAAUUCGUGCCGGAUUUCAAGCAGCUCUAGAGAAGACAGACGGCGGGGGAACCAUUUUGCACCUCUGCAUCAAAUAUAAUCAGCUGGAAGCAUUGAAGACGCUGGUCGACAUAUUAAAACAUCCAGAGUUUGUGAAUGCAAAAAAUGAGGAUGGCAUGACCAUAUUGCACCUGGCCAUAUACUAUGAGCAACAUGAGACUGUGAAGUACAUAUUGCAGAAGAUCGGAUUAGUAGUGAAUGCCAGGGACGCAAAUGGAAAAUCAGCGGUAGACGUCUUACGCGGACUUUGCAAUAUCAAUUCGGAAAUUGCACGAUGUCUCAAAGUUGCUGGCGCCAAGACAAGCGACUUUUCUACAGGAUUACAGGAUUUAGUACGCGAGCAUCGUAGUUGGAUACAGGUGGCAUGCUCAAUUAUUGCGACAAUGGCUUUUCAGGCUGCAAUAAGCCCUCCGGGAGGAGUUUGGCAAGACGACCUAAUAGCAGAUUCUCACAUGGUAAUCCAGUGCCAAAUCCACGCAGAGCAGGAGAAGCUGUAAUGGCAUACACCCAUCCCCAGAGAUAUGACCUUUUCGUUUUCUCAAGCCAAGCAUCCUUUAUGGCAGCUCUGUCGACAAUCAUCAUCACCUUCUGUGAUUUUACUGGAUGGCUGGCUCUGCUUCUGCUGUCGAUUUUCCUCCACUCAGCAAUUCUCGCACUGGCGGCUGCUUAUUUCACAUCAAUCCUUAUGCUAAACCCUAAAGGCCUCAAAACAAAACGAAGCACGCAAUGGACGGAAAUCAUACUUUUCUAUGGUGUUUGGGCUGUUAGUGGGAUACUGGUUAUCGCAAUUGUUCGGAAGAGGCUCAAGAAGGAAACCGCAGUACAGCUUAAUUAUGUAGGAGAACCUCAACCUCAACCUCGGGAUUCAGGCUCAGCUGCUGAUGCCCACGGCAAUCCUUAGUAGUAGUUGACUUGAUACUGCUGCUGCUGCUCAUGUGUAGUGCUUGUUAGCUUUCCCGAUGCCAAGUGGACAAUUAAUAGUCACGCCAAGCAAGCAAUUUGGUGUGGAUAGCCCAGAAGUUGUCAUUUUGCAUUUAAACAGUGUAAUGUAACGCCAUUAAUU